CAUCCCAAGCACCUUACUGGCACAUCCAGGUUGAUACGUGACCCUUGUCGCCUGUUGACUCAACCUCGAUCUCGAGAAUGUCAACUACCUCCUCCGCCGGGAAGCCGACUGGCGCCAGCAAAGUCAUCAACAUCCUACUCCUGGGCGAGACUGGUGUGGGCAAGUCGACAUUCAUCAACGCCAUCGCCAACUAUCUGACCUAUGAGACCCUCAAUUUGGCUGCAAGUGGCAACAACGUGAUUUCUCUCAUACCAACCAAGUUCUGGCAAGACAAAGGCGUUGACGAAUGGGUCGAGAUCACUGAGAAACGCUUGAAUGUCGAAGAUGAAAACCGAGCACGAGAGAACGAGGGUUUGAAACUAGGUCAAUCUUCAACACGCAGCGCCUGCACCUAUCGUUUCAUCCACGAUAAUGGCGAUCAAUCUGUCGAAAUACGCAUCAUUGACACUCCAGGCAUGGGCGACACCCGAGGCUUUUCUCAGGACAAGCAGAAUGUCGACCACACCAUCAAUUACAUUGCAAACUAUCCCGAGAUCCAUGCGGUGCUGAUCCUCCUCAGGUCCGAUAGUGUCAAAUUGAACACUUGGUUCCGCUACUGCAUCCAGGAGCUCAUCGGCAACCUUCACCGUGACUGUUUGAAAAAUAUGUACUUCAUCUUCACGCACUCCAAACUCACCAAUGGCAAGCUUGGCGAAGGUUUCCUCACGUUGAAAUCAUAUUUAGAAGAACUGGAGCAGGAAUAUUCGGUGGAGAUUCCAAUGAGCCGCUCAAAUACUUUCGCAAUCGAUAACGAAUCGUAUCGAUAUCUGCUGGCAAAGGGAGAUAUUGUCUAUGAAGAUAGAUAUCGGAAGGGAAUCGAGGAGUCUUGGAAGCACGCUAGAUCAACUGUAUACAAGCUAUUGGAACAAAUAUCGAACAAAACAACCCACGAAACAAAGCUGACUGUGAUACUCUACAAUUGUCGCCAGCUUGUGAACCGUAACUAUAAAGUCUGGCUGCAGGCGCUGGCAAAUGUCAGCGGAAAUCUUCAAGGUAUGGAGAAGGUUGCGGAGCAGAUGAGCAAAGGAAAGAUCGGCAACAUGGACAAAAUCCUCGAGUACACCAUCUACACUCCGGUCAAGAGGGAGACUUGCGAGCGACCCCAGCUUGUCUGCACUGUUGCAGGUUGCUACGGGUACAUCAUCAAUGAAGAUGGGACAACAUCAAUCCGGUACAAGACGGAUUGCCACAACCAUUUGAUGAAGCUUAUCAAGAAAAAGGCGGACGCUCAAGCCAGUCAACAGUCUCAGGAUGCGGGAAAUGCAACCCAGCCAGAGCCGAGCUCCAGAGCUGGAGCCCAAGUGCACAGCCCAUCGGCCGAGCCAUCGUUGGAUGAACUCCUUCCUGGCGAGCUACCAUCGAGCUUGAUUUUUUGGUAUCCAUCAAUGAACAGUUGGGGAUAUUGCAAGGAAUGCGGUCAUUGGUUCAUGUGGCACCAAAAAUGCACAGUAAACUACACGUACGUGCAGAAGUGCGUGUUCAAUGAUGAACAAAUGAAGCUGAUCAAGAGCGAACAAAACAGUACAAAGCGAAUCGAUCACAUCAAGAAGUCGUUUGCCAAGUCCAAAGACAAUCUUUCGUCUGAAGCUGCUCACAUCCGUCAAUUGUUAGCCAAGAUCGCGGUGACAAUCGAGAAAGGCGGUAUCAUUUCGUAUAACGAUGCGUUUCUCAAAUACAUGGACGAGCUGAUUACCUCGCAAGAGGGCUCUUUGAUUCCCAGCAGUGUUGCUGGGGAAACAACACCCGAGGACAAUCGAACAUAUCUUCUGCGUCAGAAGGCUGAGUACGAAGAACAACGAAAGCUACUCUUGGAGAUGAAGCAGGCUGUGACCACAACAAUCGAAAGUAUUGAAGAGCUGAUCAAUCUCAUUGACGAGCUGUCGCACCUUCGAUAUAUUGGCGACUAUAUCUCGGAACACACUAUCAAGCUCGACAUCAAGCCACCAACCUUCGAGACGACUCUGCAUUACAGAUAAACGACACGACUUACUUCAAGGCGGAAUCUUUUGUCAGAUCGGCGUGUGAAGCCUGGAGCACCGAUACUAAGCCAGCAAUCACUCGCUCGACUUGGAUCAUCGGAUAGUGUCGAUAUAUUGACCAUUAAUGAUGUGACCAGACGGUGUCCAGGGGGCAUGGGCAAUGAAGCUGUCAUCCAGGCAAACAAAGCCAU